AUGAAGCCGAACUCUUCGCUGCCAGGAAUAGCAGAGUUCACCUACGCCAUGGCGGCAAGUAUUGGCAACGUCCCAACGAAUUCCUCCCCAACCCUCGACCACAAAGCAAGUCUCUACAGUUAUCUCGACCAGGCUAAAGGAAGUUCUGCAAUUGAUCUAGCGAAAGCGACGGGAUUCAAGUUGAGAGACCGCUAUCGUUCGGACGAGGAGGCGACGGCCUGCCCAGAUGCGGCUCACACAAAGCCUUACAGCAGCUCUUUCGGACGGAAUAGAAAACCUAGUCAAGUCGACGGGUUCAUCGAAGGAGCAGACUUCAUCCUUGAUAACUUCAUUCCCGAUGUCCCAGACAAUCCUCAACUGAAGCAUACCCAAGAACCAAGAGCAUGGAUAUCCGAACCCCGCUCAACUUCCCAAAACGAUGCAUCAUACCAGUCCCUCGAUGAUCGAGUGUUAAAUAAUAAAGAGCUCGACGAAGCACUCAAAAGUCUUCGUAUGAAAGAAGUGGACAGUCCUGCUCGGAAGAUAUAUAUCAGCAAUCCUAACGGUGCUAGUGUUCUCGCACUAUUAAGAUCAGCCCCGCCAUCACAAGUUGAUGAUUUGCGUAGCCUUCUGGCAAACUACCUCGACAUUAGUCCAACUCCAAUACUGUCUCUUCAGUUCUCUCAGACUACCAGGUUCUCUAUUUGCUUUAAUCUUCCGUUCUUUGUUGUGACUACUCGCGAGUACGAAGAUAGCCGCAUUCUUACGGGCAACCACUACCUUCGAGCGCGCUACGACUUUUCUCUAUUGUUUCUAGAGACUCUCGAACCUCCUGCAAUUCAGAAUGGGGUGCCAUUACUCCGCAGUAGUGCUAUUCUGCAUCAAGCUGUCUACUCGCUCUUAAUCACUGGUCACAGCAGCAACUAUUGGGUUGCUGUCUGCCUAGACGAAGACUUCUCUGGCAAAGAGCUGAGACUGGACCACGGGAACGAGGGCGAAAGCGUAUUCAUUCACGGCUUUGGCAAGACAGCUUCAGGAGAUUGUUCAGCAUCAUGGUCAGAUCUUAGAAUGCCUCAGAAAAAGUCUGGCCCUCUAUAUCCCAUCAUUGACCCAGAGACAACUCUUUACGGAGAAUGGCAGCAAGGCCUCCGGGGCGAUAUAAGUACUUUGAGGUCUCUACGCGCGAUAGAGGCCCUCUGCACCCAGAUGAGGGAUAUCAGUGUUCAUCUUGAGCAGCUCAGUGAGUCCUACAAUGAAACUAGACGGGGGGCUUUGAGCAUCCUGAAUCUGGUUGCACAGAUCUAUGCUGGUAAACCCGAGAAGGAUGGUGAUUCUUCAUCGUCGGGAUACAUCACUCUAGUGGUCAUCCUGAACGUCUUGUUCUUUCUGGGAAUUCUGUGUGGCAUCGAAAGUCUGCUCGGCAAGGCAGGACUAGACACACCAAUUCCCGACUACCCCGGUGCAGACGUAGUGCACAACCCGCAGGACAUCUUCCGAGCUUACCUCGCCGACAUCAUCCAGAAGCUUCUAGGAUGCGACAAGCAAAUUGCCUAUGAUGCUAUACAGACCUCCAACAUUACGGGCAUGGGUGAUCUUAUCGUUGUGGCUCCAAAGCUUAGACUGAGAGACACCAGGCCCGAAGAUUUGGUGAUAGAUCUUGCUGGAAGACUCCCGGUAUCGCCACCCUUUGGAUGCCCUGUGAAAGACGGUAUUCGUCUGCAGAUUUUCUCCUCUCCAAACACACUCUCCCGGCUCUUGCUACCGUAUAUCAACGAUAGAGCUGCCUCGUAUGGUUACGAUGCAUCACUUGGGUUCACUGAUUCCGCAGUGCCGGAUAGUCCCAAGAAGAAGCUUGUCGUGGAGUUCUCGUCUCCUAAUAUGGCGAGUGAGUUCCAGGUUUCUCACUUGCGUAGUACCUUAAUUGGCGCUUACAUCGCAAACAUCCACGCCAGUAUGGGUUGGGAUGUUGUCAAAAUGAACUAUCUAGGAGAUUGGGGGAAGCAGAUUGGACUCCUUGCUGCCGGUUGGCAGAGGUUUGGCUCGGAAGAGGAGUUCGAGAAACAGCCGCUUCGUCACCUUCUCGAAGUCAACCACAAGAUACAGGACUUAUUCAAGCCAGAAGUGGAAGAGUGUAGAAACGCCAAGGCAAAAAAUCAAGACACCACCGAGAUCGAAUCUCGUGGCUUGUAUGCCGAACGAGACAUCUUCUUCAAGAAGAUGGAAGACCGGGAGCCAGAAGCUAUAGCUAUAUGGCAGCGUUUUCGAGAUGCAACUGUGAAAGAUUACACCGAAUCAUACGCACAGCUCGGAGUGACAUUCGAUGAAUACUCUGGAGAGUCGCAGGCCACGGUAGAGUCAAUCGCCGAAGUCGAACAAGCCCUCAAAGAAAAGGGGAUUUACGAGGAACAUGACGGCUCUUGGAAGAUCGACUUUUCCAAGCACGAUGCGAAAGGGCUCUCUGUUGCGGUGGUACGCUACCGAAAUGGAACUACCUCUUAUCUGUUACGUGAUCUUGCCGCAGUGUUUGAUCGAUACAAGAAACACCAGUUUGACAGAAUGAUCUAUGUCGUUGCGGUGGAGCAAGAAAUGCACUUCCAUCGAGUUACCAAGACUCUUGAGCUCAUGGGAAGACAAGAUCUUGCUGAGCGCAUUCAACAUGUUGCUUUUGCCAAGAUCAAUGGACUUCCAGAGAGACUCAAGGACUCAAAACUUUUGAGUGACUACCUUGAUGGAUGCCGCUCGAUGGCACAAGCUGCCCUCGAUGAAGAAGAGGAGGAAUCGUGUCAUGUGGACAAGUCCGAGAAGUCCCUGGAACAACUGGGGCUUGCUGGUCUAUUCAUACAAGAUCACUACCACAAGCGAAACACGUCUUAUACGAGUGAUCUUAAGAAAAUGGUACAGCUCCAGGGGGACACGGGUACAGCUAUCCAAGACUGCUAUGCCAGAUUAUCCAAGAAACUGGAGCCAGGUCCAACGAUCUUCGAUUAUACGAAACUAGAUUACGCCUCGUUAGAAGAGGAGAACUAUGCUGAACUUCUGCGUAUCCUGCUACAGUAUCCAGAUGCAGCACAUGGCUCGUUCAGAACUCUUGAGCCAUCUUUUAUCGUGGUGUACUUGUCCCGACUUAUCGAUCAACUCACAUACACGCUUGACGACGACGAUGGGAAAGAUUGGACUGGACUUGAUACAGCUAGUGAGGCAAGAUAUGCUUUAUAUGAGAACGCAAGACAGGUGUUUGAGAAUGCGCUGAGACUUCUUGGUGUAUCACCAUGGACUGCGUAG